AUGGUGUGGUGGAACUUGUGGCCCUUCCCAAGGCCACGGCUCUUGCGGCCAGCAGAUGUCAGCCCUCGCAUCUCCCUGCUUGUGGACUGGUUUAGUGAUCCAUUGGGUGUCGGGAUUUCUUCUGAUAGCUUUAUGGAAUGGAUCAAUGAGGAUAACCUCAAAGAAUUUGUACGUGGAAUCUUCGCCACCCCAGUAAGAAUUCAGGACUCUCAGAGCCCCACAGUGGCGUCCAGCUCUCUCUUCGGCAACAGACUGAAGACUCCGAGCAAACUUCAGCUGGUUAACACCGCGAUGGACGGGCUUGCCAUAGGUCGCACCCUUAGGAACAGGGCGUUUGCGGCCACCACGGCGCACGAAUUCGAUAUAUGA